GCGGGAAACGCGGCGAUGGCGGGCAGGCGUGGCGCUCUCAUCGUGCUGGAGGGUGUGGACCGUGCGGGGAAGAGCACGCAGAGCCGCAAGCUGGUGGACGCGCUGUGCGCCGCGGGCCACUGCGCCGAGCUGCUGCGCUUCCCGGAAAGAUCAACUGAGAUUGGCAAGCUUCUGAGUUCCUACUUGGAAAAGAAAAGCGAGGUGGAAGAUCACUCGGUGCACCUGCUGUUCUCUGCGAACCGCUGGGAACACGUAUUACCUCACGGCUGGCUUCCUGAGGCCGCCUCCCGAUCUGCACUCUUCCUCUUCUCUCCCGUCCCAGCGGCCUGCUCUCCGGAAAGGCUGCCCCACCUUGGACUGAGGGAUGCCAGUGGACGGACGUUCAGGUGGUUGUGCCUUGUUCCCUCUCACAGGCCGCUAAUUAAGGAGAAGCUGAGCCAGGGCAUCACCCUGGUCGUGGACAGGUACGCCUUUUCUGGGGUCGCCUUCACCAGCGCCAAGGAGAAUUUCUCCCUGGACUGGUGCAAGCAGCCAGAUGUGGGCCUCCCCAAACCGGACCUGGUUGUGUUCCUGCAGCUGCAGUUGGCAGAGGCCGCCGCGAGGGGCGAGUUCGGCCGUGAACGCUAUGAGAGCAGCCCUUUCCAGCAGCGCGCCCUGCAGUGCUUCCAACAGCUCCUGGGAGACUCCAGUCUGCCCUGGAAGUCGACGCCUCCAGGAGCAUCGAGGAUGUCCACCGGGAAAUCCGUGUGCUGUCUGAGGGUGCCAUCCGGGCCGCUGCACACAGGCCGCUGGGGCAGCUGUGGACCUAGAGGGACAGGACCCCCGUCUGCCGCAAGGCAGGAGACGCGUGUGCAGUUUCCGGGGGGGCGAAGCGGGACUCCCCAGGGAGUGGCCUGCGGGGAAGCCUCUCCUGCCCUCACCUGUGCCCCGAAGAUACUAAUAAAUUAGUUAUUGUGUUUUGCUUA